AUGGGCCGCGUUUGCACCAAGACCGUGAAGAAGGCAGCCAGUGGCAUGAUCAGGAAGUACUACAUGUGCCUGGUAAAUGACUUCAACACCAACAAGCACUUGUGUGAGGAGAUCGCCAUCAUUCUCAGCAAGAAGCUCUGGAAUAAGAAUGGGUACGUCACACACCUAAUGAAGCGCUUCCAGAGAGGCCCUGUGAGAGGCAUCUCCAUCAAGCUGCAGAAAGAGGAGAGACAGAGGAGAGACCAUUACAUACCCAAGGUCUCAGCUCUGGAUCAGGAGAUCAUUGAAGCUGACCCUAACAUGAAGGAUAUGCUGAAGCUCUUGAAUUUUGGCAGCCUGUCCAACCUGCAGCUCACUCAGCCUACAGUCGGGAUGAAUUUUAAAACACCACGUGGAGCCAUUUGAAU